CACGUCGUCAUCGAUCACUCGGUCAUCAUCCUUCUCCCAUACGCCGAUAUCCGUCGCAGCCUCCUUCCCAACUCCCAUGGCGAAGCGCAAGCGCACAGAGCACGGUCCCCCUCCCGCAGGCACUCCGACGCCCGACACGGCGGCCCUUCUCCCACAGAAAAAACACUAUCGCCAGCGCGCGCACGCUAAUCCUUUUUCUGAUCAUGCUCUCGUCUACCCCAAAUCCCCCGCUGCGAUGGACUGGUCCGCUCACUAUCCAUCUGGACAGCCCCCAGAGUGGGCCGACAUAGGAUGUGGCUUUGGUGGUCUGCUCAUCAGUCUGGCACCACUUUACCCCAACACCGGCAUGCUCGGCAUGGAAAUUCGCGUACAAGUCUCAGAGUACGUCCACGAUCGCAUCGAAGCGCUCCGCGUCGGCGCGAGCAACGACGGCCACCACUACAACAACGUCUCCAUCCUCCGCACCAACUCCAUGAAAUUCCUGCCGAACUACUUCACCAAGGCAUCACUCUCCGCAAUCUUCUUCCUCUUUCCAGACCCCCACUUCAAGCUUCGCAAGCACAAGGCGCGCAUCAUCUCGCCGACACUGCUCGCCGAAUAUGCAUACGUCCUCCGACCUGGCGGAAUCGUCUACACCAUCACUGAUGUGAAAGAUCUCGCCGACUGGAUGCAGAAGCAUCUCUCCGAGCACCCCCUCUUUGAGCCUGUCAGCACCGAGUUGCUGCGAGAAGAUGGGAAGGGCCCUAUCCUUGACGCGGUCUGGAAUGGGACGGAAGAGGGCAAAAAAGUCGAGCGUAAUAAGGGAGACAAGUACCUUGCUUGCUUUCGCCGCAUCGCAGCGUCGAGAUAGCUGUACGCACGCGCUUGACUUACUAGAUGGUGUAAUCAAGAUCUUCUUCCGUUCAGGGCAC